AUGUUCUUUUUACUCAUUCUGGCCCUGUUGGGUCCCACGAUAUGCCUGGCUGCCUGCCCCUACGCGCAUCUGGCAGAUACCAGAGACACCAAUACAAAUUUCACGCCGCGAUUUGAUGCAGUGCUCCCUCGCGCUGCGCUGGAAAAGAAAGGCAUCAUGCUGAUGAACCGCAUCAACCCAUCCUCAUCGCAACUAUACAUCACCAAUGCGGAUGGCUCAAACGAGCGACUCUUGCUGGGUGAUGACUCCGUAUUCGAAUACCAUGCAUCCUUUUCUCCAGACGGCCAACAUGUCGCCUUCACCACUGAACGUAACGGCGAUGGCAACUCUGAUGUCUACAUGGUCCACGUCAAUGGCAGCGGUCUGAGACCCAUCGCAACCACACCCGCGGUCGAAGAUGCGGUGGCUAUUUCUCCCAAUGGCAAAUAUGCCACCUACGCUUCCACGGCCGACGUCUACACGUCCAAUAUCUGGCUCACGGACCUUGAAACGGGCGCUACCCGCAAUCUCACAAACCAGACUGGUGUAACGGGCGAUCCGAGAUCGCCGAACGGGUUCUUUGCGCCGAGCUGGUCGCCUGAUGGGAAAUGGAUCGUUUUUUCCUCGGAUCGAAACACCGGGUGGACUGGUCAUGACAAUGGGACUGGCUGGGAGCAUACUCAAGAGCUAUCUAUCUACGCCAUCACCCCCCAAGGAACAAGUUUCCGAGAGGUGUACAGUAAACCGAAUAUGACCUAUGGAUCUCCCAAGUUUUCCCCAGACGGGAAGCGCGUUGUGUUCUAUGAGAUGACUGUGCAACAAACAUGGGACUCGCGGUCGUCGUACACGCUUAAUACCACGACCAACCAGAUUGUUUCAGUGGACUUUGCAACAGGCGCCGAUCGUGUCACGCAUACCAAUUCGUCUGGGUGCAAGGUCUACCCGCAGUAUACCUCACAGAAUAGCAUCGGGUACUUGAUCAAGGGCGGAUCCAAUGAGGGUAUUCACUAUACGUCCACUUCGAAAAAGAUCCUGGGUGGUAUGCGAUCGCCUGCGUGGUCUCCCGAUGGUAAGCAUGUAGUCUAUGAGAAGACAGACUGGACAAUCCGACCUUUGCAGAAGGAGCUGUGGACCUGGGACUCAGAGUGGGAUUAUCGCUUUAUGGACGUGUUCCCCGGCCUCUCUAACCAGGGAGAACUGGUAUUCACAACCAAGCAGACGGGUAGCCCGGGCAAUUCGUCUGUGGCGGUGAUGCAGCCCAGCGAAACCAACUUCACUCUUGCCUUCGAUACGUUUGAAACAGACCAGAUCGACGCAGAAACCGUUUCUUCGGGCGGUGGUGGAUCUUUCCAGCCAUCGUGGUCGAGUGAUGGGGAAUGGAUCACUUUUGGGUCAGGAUACUGGUUCCAGAGCCGCUCCACCAAGCCUGGUUGGAUCUACCGGACCAGGCCUGACGGAUCGAACUACGAGCAACUUACCUUCUCCAACUCUUCCAAUGCGGGCUUCCCUAGCUACUCUCACGACGGCAAGAAAAUCGUGUAUCGAGAAUUUCUGCCAGAAUUCGGGCUACGUCUGCUGGAUCUGGAAACCAACAAGACCACCACUCUGACGACGGAGCGUGAUAACCUCCCCUUCUAUUCGCCAUCCGGUGAGUGGGUGCUAUUCACGCGCAACAUGACCGACCUGGCGAAAGGCGAGUUCUCGAACUACGAGGUGUGCAUUAUUCGACCGGACGGCACCAACCUGACCGUGCUUACUUCGUCGUUUGCCAACGAUGCGCACGCCGUCUGGACUGCCGAUGGGCGCAUCAUGUGGUCGAGUGGGAUGUGGGGAUUCCAGGCUGAGGCGGCGACCUACGACAAUACCUUCCAGCCUUACGGCCAGAUCAUGAUCAUGGAUGUUGAUGGCUCGAAUAAGACGGUUCUCACAAAUAGCCUGUGGGAAGAUUCGAUGCCGCUCUAUGUCCCUAAUGCUUUUUUGGAUGACUGAGACGGGGUAUGUAUGAUAGAGAUUGC